AUGAUAAAACUCAUUGUAAUUAGUAUCUUGUUUAUUUUUAUCAAUGGUGAACUUGAAACAACAAGUUUUUGUACAGAUCGUAAUGCAACUAGUAAACCUGUGAUUGAUUUUUGUAAAUCUCAAAAUGGUUCAUUAGAAUUUCGAUGUUGUUAUCUAUCGAAUUCGAAUAAUAUUUUGGCUAUUGAUUUAACAGAAAUGAAUUUAAACAAAGUACCUGAUUUAAAGGAAUUUACGAAUUUAAUAAAUGUAACAAUGAUAGAUCUUCGAUUAAAUCCUCAACUUAAAUCUUCAGAAAAAGAAGAUUUUCUUAACAUGAAAUAUCUUGAUUAUCUUUUCUUACCUGAACAAUAUCCAUGUCCUGGUGAAAAUCAUGUUUGGCAAGUAAUUAAUAAAACAAUUGAUCCAAUAGGUAUUCUUUGUAUGCAUCAAAAAGAUUUUUGUACAAAUUCAACUGAUAAAUGUGUUGAAUCAAAUUCAUAUUGUUCUUUAAAUGGACCUAAUCAUUUUUUAUGUUUAUGUAAAAAUGGUUAUUAUGGUUAUAAAUGUUUACGAUAUGGACAAUUUCCAGUACGAAUAUUUUUUGGUAUAGCUAUAACUAUUACUGUGGUUUUAACUGCUCAGCAAAAUGGUUAUGGAGAAGUACGUCAUGUUUUAACACUUCGUCAUGAUCUACUUGUACCACUUGAAUUAUCAUCAAAACAAAUUCUUGUUCAAGUACAUGCUGCAUCAAUCAAUCCAAUUGAUUGA